CGAAUCACGGGGUCUCUCUCUCUCUCUCUCUCUCUUUCUCUCUCUCUCGUUACUUAGCUUGCGGAGGUGGAGGAGGUCGUCUUCAUCACGUAGAGCUUCGUCGCGGAGGAAACGGCCUCUUUGGAGCUCCUCUUGAUGCCAUUGUCGCCGCGCAGGGCCGGGGCUUCUAGGGUUAGGGUAUCGGGGGCUUCUUGUUGCUGUUUGGGGACCCGUUGGUGGCGGUAAGCGAGAUGAGAUCCAGGUGGUGGGUUCCCCUGAUCUGGGGGUUGGCCUUUGGUUGCAUUUUCUUGGGUUCUGGGGCUUCGGAUCCUGAGGAAGCUGAGCGCGCGUUUCCUAUUGUGGAGCCAGAUCCUGAUCAUACUAAACUGCAUCUUGCAAGAGAAGGUCUAGAGGCAAUUCGAAGAAUCAAAAACCCUAUUGCAGCUGUUGCUGUUAUUGGUCCAUACAGAUCAGGAAAAUCCUUUCUUCUCAAUCAACUUCUCUCCUUAUCAUGUGAUAAAGGUUUUGGUGUUGGACAUAUGCGGGACACGAAAACAAAAGGAAUAUGGGUUUGGGGUACUCCAGUCGAAAUGGUUCUUGAUGGUACAAAAGUGUCUGUCGUCUACCUGGACACUGAAGGAUUUGAAAGUGUUGGGAAAUCAAAUGUAUAUGAUGAUAGGAUCUUUGCUCUGGCUACUGUUUUGAGCUCUGUGCUUAUAUACAAUCUCCCUGAGACGAUCCGUGAGGCUGAUAUAUCACGAUUGUCUUUUGCUGUUGAAAUUGCAGAAGAGUUCUACGGAAGGGUGAAGGGGCAAGACAAUGCAUUUGAACCUGCUAAGCUCUUGUGGCUUAUCCAGCGUGACUUCCUACAGGGGAAGUCUGUGCAAGAAAUGGUGAAUGAAGCUCUUCAGAGGGUCCCUAAUCGCAAUGGGGACAAAUACAUUGAUCAGGUCAACCAAAUAAGAGACUCUUUGGCAAUUAUGGGUGAUAAUAGCACAGCUUUUAGCUUGCCCCAGCCUCAUCUUCAAAGAACGAAGCUUUGUGAUAUGAAGGACAGUGAACUUGACCCCCUCUAUGUAGACAAAAGGGAACAGUUGAAAAAACUAGUUGCAUCCAUUACACAUCCAAAAAUUGUGCAGGGAAAAACUCUUAAUGGGGAGGAGUUUGUUACAUUUCUAGAGCAGAUUCUUGAAGCCUUGAACAAAGGAGAAAUUCCAUCAACAGGUUCUCUAGUGGAAAUUUUCAAUAAGGUGAUUCUGGAACGUUGCUUGAAGGUGUAUAAUGAGAGAAUGGGCAGUUUGGGCCUACCUGUACCAGAGAACAAACUGCAACUGGUUCAUGACGAGUCGAAAAUUGAGGUGAGAAAACUUUUUGAUGAACAGCACUUUGGUCGCCAUCACGCUGCGCAAUCCAUCCUUAAACUUGAGGAGGAGAUUCAAAAGGUUUACAGGAAUUUCCUUCUUGCGAAUGAGUACCAGUCAUCAAAAUUGUGUGAAGCACGGUAUACACAGUGCGAGGACAAAAUGGAUCAGCUUCAAGUGCUGAGACUUCCUUCCAUGGCAAAAUUCAAUGCUGGCUUUCUCCAAUGCAACCAAAGUUUUGAAAAAGAGUGUGUUGGACCUUCGAAGGAAGCGUAUGAGCGACGGAUGACAAAGAUGCUCGCAAAGUCUCGUGCUCUUUUCAUCAAGGACUACAACAACCGGCUUUUCAACUGGUUGGUGACUUUUGCGCUCGUUAUGGUCGUCGUCGGCCGCUUUAUAAUCAAGUUCUUUUUGCUUGAAAUCGGGGCAUGGGUGAUGUUCAUCUUCUUGGAGACAUACACAAGAAUGUUCUGGUCGGCGGAAUCACUAUAUUACAAUCCCGCUUGGCAUAUCAUAGUGGCUACUUGGGAAACUAUUGUUUACAGCCCUUUACUCGAUUUGGACCGAUGGGCAUUCCCAAUUGGCGCGUUGUUAUUGGUUUCGCUUCUAUAUUGGCGGUGUUAUGGGAGGAGGAAAGGAGGUUCUCGUUCCCUACUACCUUUGUACACUAAUACAUACAAAAGUGGAUCGAACCGUCCACGAUCAGAUUGAUGAUAGAAUUUAUUUAUCCGUCAUUAAAGAUUCCUUGAGGACAAGUAUUUCGAGUCGUUCGUCAACCUUAUUGGGCGGGCCUUGUUUUUUUUUUGCCGGCGCCCCGCCAAUGAACUUCCUCUUCUUUUCUAGCCAUUUGGUUUUGGUGGUGAAGAGGUCCGAAAGUUUCGAGCAUUUGAUGCAGGAUCCAAGCAUUUCUUGUUUCUUGUGUAACAUUAUAUCUGAGCGUCCAUCUUUUUCUUUAUAGAUCAGUGUUUAUUAUUUACACCCAUUUUUUAAAAUUAUUGCUGUUUAACACAAACAAGUGGAUAACAUUAACCCAGGCGUAUGUUGAUCUCGUGUUUUUGUGAGUUAAUGCAGUAUCCCCUAUCCUCCAUUC